GAAACUCCUCACCUUGGUUAAACACUACAGUAUAAGCAAAACUUUAAACCCACACUGAACCAAUCAUAUUUCAGUUCCUGGCACAGUUGGCACUAUAUAAGCUUUGUUUAUUCUUUAUUAUUAUCAGAAAGGAUACUGUUGUACCCCUGCUUUCAACAUUUCAUCAUCUUUAUAAUUCAUGCCACUAUGAUUCUUACUGUGGUAAAGAAGAGCCUCGUCUGGAUAUUUCUCUUUUUUACUCUGAGUGCACAGGAUCACAAUUUGGACCCACAAACUCUUGCACGUAUCGUGAAAACCUUUGAGAGCAAGUUGGGUCAAUCAGGCCAAUAUGCCGUAGCCUUCAGAGUUGAGAAGGAGAAAUGUCUCGCAAACUCCAAAUAUUCAGGCGAAGACUUGAUAACGGAUGAAGUGAAAAACAAAAUUCAGAACAACGAGGUGUAUGUGAGCAAUAACCUCAUAGGUGCGAAAGCUCUGAAAGGUAAAAAAACAGAACACUCAGAGUUUCGCCUGAAGAAUCAUCUGAAAGAUAUCUUAAAUGUGAAAGAUAAAUGUGUGAUUUUUUUCACUGUAAAUUCACCCUGUUUGACAACAUGUCUAGCAGACAAUGGGCAAUAUACCAUUAAAAGUAGCCUUACAAUGUUACAAGCGUAUCAGGGAAUUAAAGCCCUUGCUUUUAAAAAGGUCUGGAAACAGGAUACAAUAGAAGCACUGAAAGCAAAACUGAUGGCAAUAGCACAUAAUCUGCCAUCCUAUCAGUGUGAGAGCAACAACGCUGGAUGUAAACGCCUCUUUGCCCGAAACUCACAGACACAUGAAAAUGACAUGACUAUUUUAAACCUUUAAUUUCUAUUAUUUUUUUAAUGUGUAUUCUGUAAUAUUUAUACACUGUAACACUGCUUAUGCUUUGCUGACAACCCUGUUAUAGUAAACUAAUGUUA